AAUGGCAAAGUAAGGUUGGGGAUUUUCUGGAAACAAUAUCAAAUUAAAUACCAAUAAGUAAGAUUUUUACAAUAUUUAGUCGAGUGGAAAAGAAGUUGAAUAUUUGGGAAACAGCUGGAAAAGCUGAUGAUAUAUAAUAUAUUCCUGAUGCUGAGGAGGAAAAGAAACCUUAAAAUCAGAUUUCAGAUGCAGGAGUGGUUUUAGGCUAAAAAUUAUAGAAUAUUAAUGAAUUGUAGAAUUUAGCAAAAAUAUCAUCUUUGCCAUAACCAGUACUUAUAUUUAAAAAGAAUUUAAAUUUAGGCUGAUGACAUUGAUUUUAGUAUUUUGACAUAAGUAUUGAGACCGAUUGAAGAAAUAUAAGAGAUAGAUGAAUAAUGGGAAUUUUCAAAAUUAAAAACAGAAAUGUAAGAGAUUGUGAAUAAGCUCUACAGCAAUAAAACAAAUUCUUGAA